GAAACCCAUCUUUGAAAAACUGAACCAAAAAGGGAUAAUCUUUAUCGAUUUCUUUUCUCUUUUCUGGUGGUUGUGUUUCUUUUUGGGAAUAUUUGGCCUUUGUAAGAGAAAACAAAGGGGGGAGGGGGAAAUUUUGAGAGAAAUAAAGAUCUGAGUUUUAUUCUGGUUUGAUGGGAGCUUGCUUGAGCCAUCGCAUCAAGUCUGUCAGUCCUAGCACAGGUAUUUCGAGUAAUGCCAGCAGAAAUGGAAACAAUUUAAGUUGUUCAAGCAGCAAGGAGUCUUCAGCUUCUAUUCCACAAACUCCCCGGAGUGAAGUUGAGAUUUUACAGUCUUUCAAUUUAAAGACCUUCACUUUCAGUGAGCUCAGGACGGCCACCAGAAACUUCAGGCCAGACAGUGUCCUAGGAGAAGGCGGAUUCGGUUCCGUCUUCAAAGGAUGGAUCGAUGAACAUUCACUCAAACCUACCAAGCCUGGUACUGGCAUAAUCAUUGCUGUUAAAAGGCUCAACCAAGAAGGAUUUCAGGGUCACAAAGAAUGGCUGGCUGAAAUCAACUAUCUUGGACAACUGCAUCACCCUAAUCUUGUGAAGUUGAUUGGUUACUGCUUAGAGGACGAGCACCGGCUUCUGGCAUACGAGUUCAUGGUUCGGGGUAGCAUGGAGAAUCAUUUAUUUAGGAGGGGGUCGCAUGUUCCGCCACUUUCUUGGCGCAUCCGGAUGAAGAUUGCGCUCGGUGCUGCCAAAGGACUCGCUUUCCUUCACAAUGCCAAAACACAAGUCAUAUAUCGCGACUUUAAAACUUCGAAUAUCUUGCUAGAUUCAAAUUACAAUGCAAAACUCUCCGAUUUCGGGUUAGCUAGGGACGGACCAACUGGUGACAAAAGCCAUGUUUCCACUAGGGUCAUGGGAACCUAUGGAUAUGCUGCUCCAGAGUAUCUAGCCACAGGUCAUUUGACUGCCAAGAGUGACAUAUACAGCUUUGGAGUUGUUCUACUAGAAAUGUUAUCGGGUCGACCAGCUAUAGACAAUAACAGGCCAUCUGGAGAGCACAAUCUGGUGGAUUGGGCGAAACCUUACAUGAUCAACAAACGGAGGAUAUUCCGUGUAAUAGACACUCGUCUCCAAGGUCAGUAUUCACUGAAUCGGGCGCAAGAAGUCGCUAACCUUGCGCUCCAGUGCUUGGCUGUAGAACCCAAGUGCAGGCCAAGCAUGGAUGAAGUUGUAACGUCACUCGAGAAGCUUCAGGAGCGGCGUGAGAUGCCAAAAAGAAACCAGAAAGAGCGCCGCAGAAAUGGUCACAACCACCCCAGUGGUAAACCAACCUCUUAACCGAAGCCUUCUGCUUCACCACUUUCUGUUUAGAUGAAACCUUUUGAAUUGUUUCUGGGAUUUAGGCAGGAAACAACAACAGAGUUGUGCACAGUUCUUUCGGGUUAAACUUUUUAAAUUUAGCUCUGAAAUUCAUCAAGCUCGGGUUUAAGAGCAUGCAUGAAUUUGGUCUGGGAUUUGCUAUGUAUCAUACCAUCAUGAGUGAAAAAAAAAUGAAGGAUACAUGUUUAUGUUUUGUAUGAAAAUGAUAUUGUGCUUAGCAUAUGGUCUUUGUAUGCCAAUGUAACUAAAGCUCAUUUGAAAGUGUCAGAAUCUUCAGUUUGUUGUAGUCCAUAUGAUAUUUUGAGAUG